AUUUGAGAAGAAAUGGAGAGGAAAGAAGAAGGAAAAUUGAACAAGAAGUGUAAAGAAAACGAUUUUUCUGAGAAUAAGUAUAAAGAGUUAGAAAGAAAUAUAUUAGAAACUUUUACAGACCAAAUUGGAAAGAGAAUUCCGAAUUUCAUCAAAAGAAUUGUAAGAUGGUACCAAGAAACUUCAAAAAGAAAUAGAGAAGUUGAUAAAUAUAUCCAGUCUGUUAUCGAAGAGAACCUCAAAGGCCCUUAUAUCAAAUAUAUCAAAAUAUUUUGCUGGAUAAUCAUACUCAUGUGUCUCUGUAUUGCAGGUGUAAGCGCUCUGGGAGAUAAUGAAGAAACUUCAGAUGAAGAUACAAUGAAGGUCGUUCAUACUCUCAUUUUUUCGUUGAUUACUUUUGGAAUCCUGAUAGUCUUAGAAUAUAAGCCACUAUAUACAUUGUAUUUAGUCCCAAUGUUAAUCGGAUGAGUGCUGUUUAUGGCUGUCGACAUCACAUUGCAGAGCAAAGAGUUUCGACCUAGUGAAUAUAUUUUUGAAAAUAUUUGAUUCUCCUAUGUCCUGAUAAUUUUUGUCCCAACACAAUGGAAGCUAAGCAUUAUCGCAUUUGGAUCUGCAAUGAUUUAUUUCCUCUAUGGAGUGUAUGAAAAGUAUGGAAUAUCUGAUCCUGAUCUCACCAUGACCAUCUCCUUUGCUAUUAUAUGGUUUACCCUCUCAAGCUAUCUUCUUAUGAUGAAGAAUAGAAGUACAUAUGCUGAAAUUCUCAGGAACAAAAGACUUAUUUUAGAAAUGAAAAAAGUCCUCCAGAUUCUUCCCUUCGGUGUGGUAAUUUGGCCAUCUAAAGUUGAAGGAAAGUGGUUUACAAAUCAAGAAUUUACUCAUAAAUAUACUAAAAUACGCAAUGAACUGAAAGAAUUAUCUGAACUUGAAAUUUCUUUCAUAGAUGAAAAAGAUCAGAACACUCCUCUAUGUGCUAAGCAAGAUUUGGCAGAUUUUUUAUUGAAGAACCAGGAAAGACUAUCUGCAACUCAAAAUUUACUCUCAGAAAGUGAUAUAAAAAUAAGCUGUAAUCCUCAUCAAGCUGAUUUAUUCAUUGAGGAAGAUGAAAACUCAACUGAGAGAAUCUGUAAAAUUAAGACUCUCAUGAUUGAGUGGGAAGGAGUCGACUCUUUCAUGCAUGUCUUCGUUGACAAUACAGAAGUCAUCAGACUUCAAGAGGAGAAGAAUGCUAUGAUGCUAGAGGAAGCAAAUAACAACAUCAAGCUUCAGAAGAUCAUGUUUGCGAGUGCUUCACAUGAGUUUAGAACUCCUCUAAAUUCUAUUAUAAACUCAUUUGAUAUAGUACUAAACUCUUUUUAAUACUAUUUUCGAAUUUUUCCAACCAUAUCUUGAAGAAAUCAAUGAAGAGCACAAUGAAAUCAUUGCUAUGAGUAUUGAAACCUUCCAAAAAUUUAUAAAGAUAGGCAAAAAUUCAUCUCUGAUGCUUCUAACGCUCAUUGAAGACGUCCUGAAUCUGUCUAAGAUGGAAGCAGGCACAUUUUCUAUUUUUAAGGAAAAUUUUAAAAUUAUUGAUGUGAUUGAAGAAGUCUAUGAUAUCUUCCGUAUGCAGUGAGAACAGAAGGAACUCCGAUUCGAUCUUUCUAUAUCUGAAGAUAUCAGGAACUUGACUAUUUAUUCCGAUAAAUCAAGGAUCAAACAGGUCCUCAUGAACCUAAUGUCAAACACGAUGAAGUUUACAUUUAAUGGGUUUGUAGUCCUCGGGUGAAGAAUUAUACAUCAAGGAAGCAAAGACUUAGCUCAAUUCUGGGUUAGAGACACAGGAAUUGGAAUUAGCAAGAAACAACAGGAAAAGUUGUUCAAGCUCUUUGGAAUGAUUUCAGAGGUAAAAUCUUUCAACCCCAAUGGGACAGGUAUUGGUCUGACAGUAAGUAAAAAAUAUGUGGAGGCUAUUGGAGGAAAUAUUUACCUCAAGUCAGAAUAUAAAAAGGGAACAGAAGUCACUUUCACUAUUCCUAUUGAUGAAGAAAGAAAAGUACUUGGACAAGAGAUUCCCUUAAAUCAAUCGUUAUGCAACUACCAUGAACAAGACCAGGACGGAGGGGGCAUCUCCCGCCUGGAGUCUUCCCAAAUAGUCUCGUGCUCUAAAGGAAAGUUUGGGUGGCGAACGAUGAGGCUUCCUGGCCAAGCUAGGUUUGGAAUCCUAUAGAGUCUUUGUAGGAGAAUUAUGGAAUUUAAGAAGACAAUUUUG